AUUUAUAAAGAAUGGAUUCUUUAGAUAAGAAUCUGAUAUUAUUUAUUGAUUCAUGUUUUGAGGAGGAGCUUUAUCAAUCAGGUCUUGAAAUCCUUGAUGUCGUUUUUAUACCAAACAAUGAGAAUUAUGGCCCUAUGCCUUUUUUGCCUGAGAGAUAUUUGCUCAUUUUAAUUAAUCUUAUCAUACAAAGGGAUAAUACAAAUCAAAUUUCUCAAAAAGCUGCUCAACUUCUUUAUAGAAUUGUUUAUUCAAAGAAAUUCUCGAAAAAUGAAUUGUAUGAUCAGUGGUCUUGGAUGUUUUGUCAUCAAGUACGUGCUCGAAAAUUCAGGAAAUUAAUAGAUACUACAAAUAUAGAUGAUUUAAAUUUACAAAGUAAUUUACAAUUGAAUUCUAUAGAAUCUAUUUUUUCUAAAUUUUCAAAUGUUUGGAGACUCAUUCAAUAUUGUUUUGAAGAACCGUCAACAACUUUGUAUAUACUUUUGAAUUGUAUUGUAUCUAUUUUAGAAUUGGAUUAUCAAGAAUAUUCAAAAGAAUCAGAAAAAGAAUUAGAAAAAAUGCUAUUUAUAAGUUCUUUGAAGAAUAAUGAUAGAGAAAAACCGAAUAUUAAACAGGUAUUAGCUGCUAUAUUUGCUAAUAUAGAUUUGGAAAAUUAUGAAUAUCCAUUAUCAUUUUCUAGUAUAAUGGAAACAUCCAUUAAAGGAAAUGUAAUAAAAUCUAUAGAAAGUAUGAUGUUAAGGAAACGACUUUUAUAUUUGACAUAUAAUGUAAUAUAUUCUUUACCUAAGAAUAUUAAUAAGUUUGAUUUUGAAAAUGAAUUAUCUAUUUAUUUAAAAAAAUUGGAAAUUAAUAAGUUUAUUUUUUACCUUUCAAAUGUAAUACCUUCUCCAUUAAAAUCUAAUUUAUGUCAUAUGUUACUUGUAAAGUAUUCUGUUCAUUCAAAAUUAAGUAGACAUUUUUUGGAAUUAUCAAUAGAUAUGUUAAAAUUAUGGCCAUCAAUUGCUUCUCACGUAAAAUUGGGAUUAUCGGAAAAAGCAAAGUACAGCUUUUUACUUCAAAUGUUAUUGAAAAAUAUUUUUAAUGAUAUUUUAUUAAAAAAAAUUACUCAAGAAGAACAACAAGCUAUGUAUCUUGCAAAAAUGAAGAGAAUUGCCGGAUUUAAUGAUGAAUUUGAAAAAAUAAAGCAAAAGAACAAAAUAACAUCGAAAUAUCUACAUAUAAAGGAUGUUUUUGAACAAAGUGAAUACAUUAUAAGUUUCAUUUUAAAACAGAUUUCUUAA